GGUUGUAAACAUUGAUGUACUUAGCUUUUUUCAAUUUAUUCUUUUAUUCUUUAUUAAUCUUAACAGUCAGAUUUUAAUAGAUUUUAACAAAUGUAGGAACUAAGUACAGUUUAAAAUUCAUGCUAGAUCUGUUUCCGUUGCGUCGCUUUUGUCGUUCGCGCGACGAUGACAACCAGGAAUGAAAAGACGAACGAAGGAAAAAGAGAGGAGAGUGAUGCUGCUAAAGCAGCAACCUCAAACGGUCCAAGUAGCGAUGAGUUCUGGGGACCUGAUUUGUAUCCUGAAAGGAGAGGAGCAAAAGUGGAACGUAGCUGGUUUAACCUAUUAAUUGGUGCUUCGGGACGAGAGUCGGUAGACAAAGCUAGAUGCGAAGCAAAUGUUUACAAGUGUAUAAAAAACAGUCCCAUAGUGAAACUCAUGCUGGCAGCGUUGAAGAGUUCUGGAUGUGAGGUAGACAUGCGGCGACACAUCUCCUGCGAAGUUUGCAAUCCGAUUGUCAGCGGUGGAUACGAUUCAGAAUUUAAUCAGGUAGUCAUCUGCCAGAAUACAGUGAGUAGUGCGAGCAUAAUCCAGGGUGUCCUCCUGCACGAAUUGAUUCACAUGUUUGACUUCUGUCGCAAUAAGCUAGACGUAAAGAAUAUCGAUCAUAUAGCCUGCACAGAAAUCAGGGCGGCGAAUCUCGCCCACUGCAGUUUCAUAAGCUCGCUGAUACAAGGCCAUUCUUCUUUCUUUAAUAUAAAAGCAUCGCAUCAGAACUGCGUGAAGAACAAAGCUAAACUGUCGAUAAUGAAUGUCCAUAAAGUAUCGGACGAGGUGGCUAGUGCGGCCAUAGAAAGAGUAUUCACGAAAUGCUACAACGACCUGGAACCGAUCGGCAGGAGGCUUCGUCGAAAUUCCGAGGAUAUGCCGAGAGCGUACGCGGAAGCGUUUUUAUACGGGUACGAGGCGUAAGUUCCAAAGAUUUGUACGUGCGUCAUAGAGAUUGUUGUAAAUAUAUAUUUACUAUUUCAUUCCGUUUGAUUUAUCAACGUUUAUUAAUAUACACCAAUAUUAUAUCAUGCAAGAUCCCGCAUACACAUAUAUAAUUUUUAAUAGCAAUAGGGUAACUAAAAGUGACUAAGGGGAGGUUUCUCUUGUCCCGUGGUCAUACAAUUUCGUUAAUCUUUAUUCUGUUUUAGCAGCUAUGAAUAAUGAGAACGAGAAUUUUUCCUUCCCUCAUUAAUUAAUUAAUUAAUUAAUUAAAAGAAAAACGGAGCGACGUUAGUGCGCCUGUAGAAUAGCAAUCCUCCGAUCGGUCGAACGCAGCGCCUGCAGAAUAGCAAUAAUUUAUUCGAGUCUUUUAUACGACGGAUUACUAUUCCAUAGGCGCGCAGCUUUGACCAAUAGAUUAACAUUUUGUUAUACCUGUAAUCCAAAUUGCAAUACGGUAUAUAAACUUUAUUAGAUUGAACGUUUAGCGAUAAUCAAGUAUCCCUCGUUCAUUAACGUAACAUUGUAUGGAUUAGUCGAAUAAAACUAGGGUUGAGUUUA